AUGGAGGCUCUUCUCAAUCAGUCCCGCGCGAUGUGUCCGUUCCUCAAGCGCACCUCGCCCUCUGCGUUGCGCUCUCUCUCUACGGCUACUCGUCCCAGUCCUGGUGGUGGAACCAUCUCCAACCUCCAGACGCUCGCUCGUCGCUGUCCGGUCAUGAGCAAGGCGCUCGCUGUCCAGAGCGCUCGUCUUGCCACGACCAAGCGCUUCCCGACUGCGGCACGCCGUGCUUACCACACCACCAAUGGUCAGGGCGCCAGUGUGCAGACGGGCACUUAUCGCAAGAAUGAGCGUGUUCCGCCUGUGACUGCAGACCGUGCGCAGACUGCGCAGCCAGCGGCGUCGACUUUCCCUGGCCCCCGUCCCCAGGCUCCGUCUGUGGCCCGUUUCGACUAUGAGGCUUUCUACGAGAGCGAACUCCAGAAGAAGCAUCAGGACAAGUCUUACCGCUACUUUAACAACAUCAACCGUCUCGCCCGCGAGUUCCCCCGCGCCCAUAUGGCUACUACUGAGGACCGUGUGACGGUCUGGUGCUCCAACGACUACCUGGGCAUGGGUAGCAAUCCGGAAGUCCUCGAGACUAUGCAUCGUACUCUGGAUACCUACGGUGCAGGCGCGGGUGGUACUCGAAAUAUCUCCGGUCACAAUCGCCACGCUGUCGCUCUGGAGAAUACGCUGGCUGAUCUGCAUGGGAAGGAGGCUGCGCUUGUCUUCAGUUCCUGCUACGUCGCCAACGAUGCUACUCUCGCGACCCUGGGCAGCAAGAUGCCCGAUUGUGUCAUCUUGUCGGAUAGUCUGAACCAUGCUUCCAUGAUUCAGGGUAUCCGCCACUCUGGCACCAAGAAGAUGGUCUUCAAGCACAACGAUCUCGAGGAUCUCGAAGCUAAGCUGGCCUCUCUGCCACCACACGUUCCCAAAAUCAUUGCUUUCGAGUCUGUCUAUAGUAUGUGCGGAUCUAUCGCGCCCAUUGAGAAGAUCUGUGAUCUCGCGGACAAGUACGGCGCCAUUACUUUCCUCGAUGAAGUGCAUGCCGUUGGUAUGUACGGUCCUCACGGUGCAGGAGUUGCGGAACAUCUUGAUUACGAUGUUUAUGCAUCCAAGGACACUCCUCAGCCGCAGAGCACAAAGGGCACCGUCAUGGACCGCAUUGACAUUAUCACUGGUACGCUGGGUAAGGCGUAUGGCUGCGUGGGUGGCUACAUUGCUGGUUCUGCCGCCAUGGUGGACACCAUCCGUUCGCUGGCUCCUGGGUUCAUUUUCACUACGUCCCUUCCGCCUGCCACCAUGGCUGGUGCGGAUGCAGCCAUCAAGUACCAGUCGAGAUACCAGCGUGACCGCGUGCUGCAGCAAUUGCACACCCGCGCGGUGAAGGAUGCCCUCAACGCGAUGGACAUCCCCGUCAUCCCCAACCCGUCCCAUAUCGUGCCGGUUCUGGUCGGAGACGCUGAAUUGGCCAAGAAGGCCUCCGACAUGCUGCUCGAGGAGCACGACAUCUACGUGCAGGCGAUCAACUACCCGACUGUCCCUCGCGGUGAGGAACGUCUGCGCAUUACCCCUACCCCCGGACACCUCAAGGGGCACCGCGACCAUCUCGUGCAGGCGCUGAACAGCGUUUGGAAUGAGCUGGGCAUCAAGCGCACCAGCGACUGGAGGGCCCAGGGCGGUUUCGUUGGCGUCGGUGUUGAGGGCGCCGAGGCUCUCAAUGCCCCCAUCUGGGAGAACCACCAGCUGGGUCUCGUUGAGGGUGAGUCCAUUGAGGCGGCAGCGCAGCGCGAGCUGAAUGCUGCGGCCAUGGAGAAGCAGAAGGUCAUCCCUCGCAUGCAGACUGGUGCUCCAGCGCAGCCUGCUGCGAUUGCCUCUGCCGCUGUUGGCGUUGCUGCUGCGUAA